UAACAUUAGAAAAAUCAAAAUCAAAUCACAGAAAGAGGAAACUCUUCUUCGCUCUUUCUCUGUCUACCACCACUCCCACAAAUACACACACGGCUCCGAAAAUGCUAACUAUCACACCACCACUCCCCCGCUAACACGCAAAUUUGUCCGUCCCUACGUUUUCCCCGGCGACAAAAUCCCCCGGUUUCCAUCUCCCGUCCCCCAUGUUCCGAUACUCUCAGCCUCCUGAAGUCGACGAAACUGCCAUCCCCACCACCGCAUCCACAGGCGCCGACGACGCCGUCACCGCCACCACCGGCGGCAGCGAUCAAACUUCUCACUCGAUCCGGGACCGCCUCCGCUUCAAGCGCAAUCCUAACCAGGCCACCUCCCCGACCGCCAGCACUUCCGGCCGGGGCACCAAAUCUAGAGAAGAUCGCGCUCCUUCGUCGCGGAGCAGAUGGCAUCACCACCACGGGACGGGAGGGCGCCGGAAGAGCUGGUUCGCCUUCCGCGGGGUUUAUUUAUUCUACUUCGUCAUAGUUUUCUCGGUCUUAGCGUUCGCCAUCGCGUCAGUGCUGUUGCAGAGCUCCGUGACCUCGGUGAUGUUUAGCACUGGCUGGAGCGAGCAUAGGAGAUCGGUGGGGGAAGGGCUGAGGUUGGGGACGACGUUGAAAUUCGUGCCCGGGAUAAGAUCGCGGCCGCUGGUGGAGGGGCAGGGGCUCGAUCAAAUCAGAAUGCAGCAGGUUGCUCGAGUGGGCCUCCGGGCCCCUAGGCUUGCCAUUAUUUUAGGAAAUGUGAAAAAAAAUCCACAGUUGUUGAUGUUGAUUACAAUAAUGAAGCAUCUAAGAAUUCUUGGCUAUUCGCUUCAGAUUUAUGCAUCAAAGAAUAGCAGAGCACAAUCAGUCUUGGAGCAAGCAGGCGGUCAGAUAUCAAUACUACCAACUGACAACUAUAGCCAUAUCGACUGGUCCAUGUUUGAUGGUAUAAUUGUUGACUCCCUUCAAGGAAGAGAAUCUAUGUCAAGCCUUAUGCAGGAGCCUUUCUGUUCAAUACCGGUUAUCUGGAUAAUACAGGAAGAUGCACUUGCUAAUCGCCUUCCAGUGUAUGAGGAAAUGGGCUGGACUCAUCUCAUGACUUACUGGAGGAGUGCGUUUAGCAGAGCCAGCGUGGUCGUUUUUCCAGAUUUCACGCUGCCGAUGUUGUAUAGUGUGGUUGACCCUGGAAACUUCUUUGUGAUUCCUGGAUCACCGGUAGAUGUCUGGGCUGCGGAUAUUUAUAGAAAGACUCAUGACAAGCAUCAGCUAAGGAUGAACAAUGGAUUUGAUAAAGAAGAUAUUGUAGUUUUAGUUGUUGGCAGUUCCUUCUUCUACAAUGAACUGUCAUGGGACUAUGCUGUUGCAAUGCAUACCCUGGGUCCCUUGCUUGCCAAAUAUGCCAGAAGAAACGACGCUGAAGGAUCAUUCAAAUUUGUCUUUCUAUGCGGUAAUUCAACUGAUGGUGAUGCUAUACAGGAAGUUGCUUCUCGUUUGGGACUUAUUCAUGGUUCUGUAAGGCAUUAUGGUUUGAAUGGUGAUGUCAGCAGUGUGUUGUUAAUGGCAGACAUAGUUCUUUAUGGUUCUUCUCAGGAUGAGCAGGGUUUUCCUCCUUUGAUCAUCCGAGCCAUGACCUUUGGAAUCCCUGUCCUGACACCCGAGAUUCCCAUAAUGAAAAAAUAUGUUUCUGAUGAAUCCCAUGUGCUAUUUUUCCCCAAGUAUGACCCUGAAGCUUUGAUGAGGACUUUCUCUCUUUUGAUAUCUGAUGGAAGUCUUUCCAAACUUGCUAGAACUCUUUCUCUCUCUGGAAGACUAUAUGCUAAGGAUAUGCUUGCCUCUGAAUGUGUAUCUGGUUAUGCAAAGCUUUUAGAGAACAUUCUUUCCUACCCCUCAGACACUUUGCUACCAGCUUCCGUGGAUCGGCUUCAACAGAUCACAUGGGAAUGGUCGUUGUUUGGUGAGGAGAUAGAUGGGGAAGCUGCUGACUCUAACAUCAGAGUUUUGAGUGUUGUUCAGAAUCUUGAAACAGAGGUUCAGGAUCUUGUCACAUCUACAAAUACCUCUGGGAUCUCAACAGAGAUAUCAGAGCCUGAUGGUUUGACCAAGUUAGAUUGGGACGUAUUAGACGAAAUAGAAAGUUCUGAAGAAUUUGAGAACGUGGAGCUGGAACAGUUUGAAGAGAGGAUGGACAAACACCCAGGCAUUUGGGAUGAGAUAUACCGCAAUGCACGAAAAGCUGAAAAGCUAAAGUUUGAAGCAAAUGAAAGGGACGAGGGAGAGCUAGAACGGACAGGACAGCCAGUUUGUAUUUAUGAGAUAUACUCUGGAGCUGGUGCUUGGCCGUUUUUGCACCAUGGUUCCUUGUACCGCGGAUUAAGCCUUUCAACAAAAGCUCGAAGAUCAAGAUCAGAUGACGUGGAUGCAGUGGCCCGCCUCCCUCUAUUGAAUGAUACAUAUUAUCGAGAUAUAUUGUGCGAGUUGGGUGGAAUGUUUUCAAUUGCCAAUAAGGUGGACGAGAUUCACAAGAGACCUUGGAUUGGGUUCCAGUCUUGGCGUGCCACGGGUAGGAAGGUUUCAUUAUCUCCGAAAGCUGAGAAAGUUCUGGAAGAGAAAAUACAGAGAGAGACUGUAGGGGAUGUAGUAUACUUUUGGACGCGGUUGGACAAGGAUUAUGAAGCUACAGCAAGCAGUGCCAAACUAGGGUUCUGGUCCAUCUGCGACUUAUUAAAUGCAGGGCACUGCAGAACGACUUUUGAAAAUGCAUUUCGUCAGAUGUAUUCCCUGCCAUCACAUCUAGAAGGUCUUCCACCAAUGCCAGAAGAUGGAGGUCACUGGUCCGCCUUGCAUAGCUGGGUGAUGCCAACCCCUUCAUUUUUGGAGUUCACUAUGUUUUCAAGAAUGUUCGUUGAUUCCCUCGACUCGUUGCAAGCCAAUUCUGGUGUAGCAUGCAUGUUUAGUUCCUCAGAAGUUGAGGAAAAGCACUGCUAUUGUCGAAUAAUGGAGCUUCUGGUGAAUGUCUGGGCUUACCACAGCGGAAGAAAAAUGGUCUACAUAGACCCUGAAACCGGCAGUUUCGAAGAGCAGCACUCAAUUGAAGAACGCAAGGGAGGAGUUAUGUGGGCAAAGUAUAUGAACCUAACAUUGCUCAAGAGCAUGGAUGAAGACCUCGCUGAGGCGGCUGAUGACGGCGACCUGCUGAGGGAAAGAUGGCUGUGGCCACUGACAGGGGAAGUGCAUUGGCAAGGGAUUUACGAGAGGGAGAGGGUGGAAAGGUACCGCCAGAAAAUGGACAAGAAGAGGAAGAAUAGGGAGAAACUGAGCUCAGGUAAGGAAAGUGCAUCUAUUCAAACACCAUUCUACUAUUUCACGCGGAUUUCCGUUACACAAGGGGAUUGUGAAGAAGGUAGAAACAGGAAGAAGAAGAAGAAGAAGAAGAAGAGGAGGAGAAGCGCUUUCCUGCAGUUGCAGUCAUGGAAUGAGAGCAUCGGUUGGCUGGUGCCAUUUUUAGUGGGAGGUGGUCUCUAUGCGCCAAGAAACAAGGGUAGACCAAUGCGCUAUAUGAAUGGUGGCGGUGAGUUUAGCCGGACGCUUGCCCGAGCCUGGUCCAGUCAAUCUCGGCGGAGGAGGGUACCAGGCAUUCGACUUCCAAGGGAGGAGAGGAAGGCCAUGGUUGAAUCGUUUGUGAAGCAGUAUCAGCAGUCAAACAAUGGGAAGUUUUCUUCCCUCACGGUAACACGGCAAGAAGUAGGUGGUUCACCCCUGGUUCUGCGCCACAUUCUUCAAGAUGUCAAAGUUGUUUGGAGCAGAGAUCAGGCACAGAAACCGGGUCUUGCCGAACCAUCCCCUCAAGAAGUUGCUGGGGUUCAAGCAAGUGGGAGCGAGGUUAAGCAACCGGCAGGCAUUGUAUUAGAGGCAUAUCAUUUACAAGGAGAUGUGGAUUCUGAUAGAGUGAAUGCUGCCGGGGUUCACACGAGUGGAUCACUAGAACACAAUGAACAAGCCACAGCGGUGCCUGAUGUGGUUGUGAAUACAACUGCAUUGGAAAUGAAUGAAUCCGCAAAACAAAGUCUUGUAAAAGGUCAGGCGAGUGAAGGAUCAAUGAGAGUAGGGAAAACUGUUGAAGUGAUGAGAUCUGAGGUCAAAGUAACUGAGGAAGAGAACGUAGCUCUAGAGGUAUCUCAUUCACAGCCGGCGCAAACUGGUGAAAGGGAGGAAUUAGACACAAGAAAUCAAGGUUCCAGCUCAGAGAACGAUCGCACUUUAGAGCAAUCCUAUAUCAGGAGUGAGAAGGUUGAGACCAUUACCGAUGACACUUCAGUAAGUGCUGGCCGUGUCCAUCAGUCAGACCUCCGAGCAGACGUCCCAGACAAUGUUGAGCACAGUAGAGAUAGGUCGGGCGGGCCAUCCCCAAUCCUCGCUCCGCCGAGCCCCAAGCCGGCUGGAAGACCCGACACCAACCUCGGGCAGGCCUACGAGGACGUCAAGCUCCACUACACCAUCAGGAAAGAACUGGGUUGGGGCCAAUUCAGGGUUCCUUCCCUCUGCAUCGAGAAUUCCACCGGGAAGCAGUACGUCUGCCAGUCAAUUUCCAAGAGGCAGCUGAUCGCCAAGAAGCACCUUCAAGCCUGCCGGCAGGCCGGGCCCAAAUUAAAGGCAAGUGGUAAAUUCCGUAGGAUUGAUCCCAAGACCCGACCCAGUUUGACCCGAGUCACCAUGGAAGAUACUGUUCCGCUGCGGAAUUUUGCUGUUUCUUGUUUUCGAGCCUAUAACUCAUUCCUGCUGCAGGGGUAUGUACUGAAGACCUUGGACUGUCACUCUAGUAUCAUGCAUGCUAUAAAGGGUGGUUGGGUUGGCCAGACGUUUGCCCUAUCCAAGUCCAAUGAGUCUGGAGGGAGGAAGUCUCGCAUCCGGCGUUCAAAGGAAGAAAGGAAGGGCAUGGUUGAAUUGUUUAUAAAGAAGUAUCAGAGUUUAAACAAUGGGAACUUUCCUUCUCUUAACCUCACCCACAAGGAAGUUGGUGGGUCAUUCUACACUGUUCGUGAAAUUGUUCGAGAAAUAAUCCAGGAAAAUCGUGUAUUGGGUCCUGCUAAGUUUUUGCCUGAGGAGCAAGACUUUUAUGAGUGGUCAGAGCAGUAUCCCUUGGGCACAAUAUCCACAGAACCUCAGCCUUCUUCAGCUUGGUCGCCUAACGGAACUACAGUACCAACUGAUCAACGCCCUAGUUCACUUGAAGAAUUUUCUUUCAGUUGUCGUGGGCGUGCUGAAAUUCAUGACGACACUGCUGAAACUGGGCAAAUAAUUAAUGCAAAUUUUGAAGUUGUCGGGAGUGCAGAAUCUGAUCAACAGAUGGUCAACGAGUUGCACGUAACCGACAAUGAAGUGGCUUCAAUUGAAAGCAUAUUGGUACCUACUGAUGCUUCAAUAGACAAUCACGGUGUUAAAACAGUUUCAGCUGAGGUCCAAGCAGGUGGAUUAUUAGAAAACAAGUCAAUUUCCAACGUAGUAGGGUAUGCACUCCAGGACGAUCUACUGUUGGAAGUUGGAGAAUCAUAUGAACAAAUGAACGCUGCAGUAGAAAUUCAAGCAAUAGGAACAGAGAAAAAUGCCAGUGUGGCGGAUGCAGUGACAGAUGUCCCUGCUUUAGAAGUUGAAGAAUCUGACCAAGGGGUGCCAAGAGAAGUUCAAGCAUUGGAAACAGAGAAAAGUGUUGAAGAAGUGCCUGAUACAGUUUUACUCAGCCCUUCCUUGGAAGUGGAAGAAUUUAAGGAACAAAUCCAUGCUGAACUCCAGGUGAAGGUACCAGGGAAAAGUGCCAAAGAAGAAGUGGGACCAUCUAGGGCAAAAGUCUUUGAAAUAGAAGAUGUCGUGGUGGAAACAUUUCCUUUACCCACUGUUUCAAGAAUUGAUGGUAGAACAUCGAAAGAAAAUGAUGUUGGAGAUGAUAAAGAUGACUAUCAAAACAGUUCUUUGUUGGAAAGGAAAUCCACUGGAGCAAACGAACAAGAGAGCAAAAGUCCAGUUGGCGCAUCAGUGGUUGGAUCCGAACUAAAUACCAUCAAGGAAGGCAUCGUGCAUGAUAGGAAACUUGGUGUUAAUGUGAAACCAAAGUUAUCAAAUGGACAGGCAUCAACUGUCAUGAACCGAGGCAAAAACGCAGCUCCAAAUGCAACUUCCGCCAGUGCUGGUGGCCACCAGGAGUCAGAUAUCCAGGCCAGCGUUUCAGGCAACAAAGCAAAUGUUGGGAGAAGCAAAAACUCCCAAAAGAGAGGAGAUCCAGCACUAGAUAGAAUCAACAUCAGGUCAUGGCAACGGUCAUCUAGGGUUCCUCCACAGUCGGAAACCAACCCGCUUUGGGCUGCUUUUCAAGCGUUCGUCACCGCCUUUGUUAAAUUCUGGUCAGAAUAACAAUGGCGUCCUCCUGUGGCUGAGCUUUAGAUGCUAGAGUUGGGUUUUGCCCCUUAUAGAGUCUCCUACUUUUUUUUGGUAGAAGGGUUUGGUUUUUCUUUGAGGUUGUUAAUUAAGGUAGAAGACUAGAUAGAAUUGUGGUUUCUGGUUCUGCUCCUGAUGUGAAAGAAUGUGAUUGUCUGCUCUGCAUGCCUGUCUAGUGAUCUGGUCCGCUAUCCUGAUGACGAUGAUGAUGAUGAUGAACACUGCCUAUUUUUCGUUUCGAUCUUAGCCACUGGUUUUGGUAGUUUUAUGAGUAUUAUGGUCCAUGAGAAACUUACAUGAUCCGAAACGGAUUUGCGGACAGGAAAUGAGAAAAGAAAACAGGCCCAAGCAUUACUGUUUGUAAAGCAACAUGGUUUAACGUCUGGCCCUUUGGACGAAAGCAAAGUUCUCUUAAAACUAUGCAUACAUAGAACUUUGCUGGUACCAUGAGCUUGCCUGGUAGAGAAGCUAAUGUGAGCUUAUGGGAGUUUGAAGAACACUUAUAAACGCCAUCGAAUGGCCAUGGUUAUGGUAGCUGGAGAUUUAUGACAUCAACAUCAGCCAACAUCUUCAACAAGUCGGGCAGCAGGAAAAACACAUCAAUCUUGAAAGCAAGCAUGACCACCAACGUUUGACAAGAGGUUACUUCAAGCCAAAUUCA